AUGCCCUCGGCGGUAAGCCCCAACGUGUGUGCUGUGCAGAAGCUCAUCGGCACCAACAAGAAGUACUUCACCAACUGCAAGCAGUGGUACCAGAGGAAGAUCUGUGGCAAGUCCACAGUCAUCAGCUACGAGUGCUGUCCUGGGUAUGAGAAGGUGCCAGGAGAGAAGGGCUGUCCCGCGGCCCUGCCUCUCUCAAACCUUUACGAGACCCUGGGAGUCGUGGGCUCGACCACCACCCAGCUAUACACGGACCGCACAGAGAAGCUGAGGCCCGAGAUGGAAGGGCCCGGCAGCUUCACCAUCUUCGCCCCCAGCAACGAGGCCUGGGCUUCCUUGCCAGCUGAAGUGCUGGACUCCCUGGUGAGCAACGUCAACAUCGAGCUCCUCAAUGCCCUCCGCUACCACAUGGUGAACAGGCGGGUCCUGACAGACGAGCUGAAACACGGCAUGGCCCUCACCUCCAUGUACCAGAAUUCGGACAUCCAGAUCCACCACUAUCCCAAUGGGAUCGUGACCGUCAACUGCGCUCGGCUGCUGAAAGCCGACCACCACGCAACCAACGGUGUGGUGCACCUCAUCGAUAAGGUCAUCUCCACCGUCACCAACAACAUUCAGCAGAUCAUCGAGAUCGAGGACACCUUCGAGACUCUUCGGGCUGCCGUAGCCGCCUCUGGGCUCAACACUCUACUUGAAGGUGAUGGCCAGUUCACGCUGUUGGCCCCGACCAAUGAGGCCUUUGAGAAGAUUCCUGCUGAGACCUUGAACCGGAUCCUGGGUGACCCAGAGGCCCUGAGAGACCUCCUGAACAACCACAUCCUGAAGUCGGCCAUGUGCGCCGAAGCCAUUGUUGCAGGGAUGUCCAUGGAAACCCUGGAGGGCACCACGCUGGAGGUGGGCUGCAGCGGUGACAUGCUCACCAUCAACGGGAAGGCCAUCAUCUCCAAUAAAGACAUCCUGGCCACCAAUGGUGUGAUCCACUACAUCGAUGAGCUGCUCAUCCCAGACUCAGCCAAGACGCUAUUUGAGUUGGCUGCAGAGUCGGACGUUUCCACAGCCAUUGACCUUUUCAGACAAGCUGGCCUCGGCACUCACCUCUCCGGAAACGAGCGGCUGACCCUCCUGGCCCCCCUGAAUUCUGUGUUCAAAGAUGGAACCCCUAACAUUGAUGCACGCACCAAGAAUUUACUUCUGAAUCACUUGAUCAAGGACCAGCUGGCCUCCAAGUAUCUGUACCAUGGACAGACCCUCGACACUCUAGGUGGCAAAAAACUGAGAGUUUUUGUGUAUCGCAAUAGCCUGUGCAUCGAGAACAGCUGCAUUGCAGCCCAUGACAAGAGGGGCAGGUAUGGGACACUCUUCACCAUGGACCGAAUGCUAACCCCUCCAAUGGGGACCGUCAUGGACGUCCUGAAGGGGGACAAUCGCUUCAGCAUGCUGGUGGCCGCCAUCCAGUCUGCAGGGCUGACGGAGAUGCUCAACAGGGAAGGCGUCUACACAGUCUUUGCUCCUACGAAUGAAGCCUUCCAAGCCAUGCCGCCAGGAGAGCUGAAUAAGCUCUUAGGCAAUGCUAAAGAGCUUGCCAACAUCCUGAAAUACCACAUUGGCGAUGAGAUCCUGGUCAGCGGAGGCAUCGGCGCAUUGGUGCGGCUCAAGUCUCUCCAGGGGGACAAGCUGGAAGUCAGCUCAAAAAACAAUGUAGUGAAUGUCAAUAAGGAGCCUGUUACGGAAGCUGACAUCAUGGCCACAAAUGGCGUGGUCUAUGCCAUCUCUAGUGUCCUGCAGCCUCCAGCCGUCAGACCUCAGGAACGAGGGGAUGAACUUGCAGACUCUGCACUUGAAAUCUUCAAGCAGGCGUCAGCGUAUUCCAGGGCCGCCCGGACCUCGGUGAAGCUAGCUCCUGUCUAUCAGCGGUUAUUGGAGAGGAUGAAGCAUUAGUGCGGAAGACGCGGGAAGAACGUGCUUUGGCAGCUCACCGCCACUUUCUCUGAGUUCACCAAAGAGACUGAAUGUUUUUGAAACCAAAUAUCACACACACAUCAGUGCACCUGGGUGGCACCGUAGUGAGGUCUGAGCCCUGGGUGGGUGGCGGGAGGAGGGAGAUGUCCUUUUCAUUGGUCCCCCCCCCCCCAAACAUGGCUGGUAAGCUACUGCAUGCAGAGACCGGACGUCACUGCCUGAGAGUCCCUUCCAAAAAGGACCUGUCCCACACGUGGAACUUCCUGCCCAUGCCAAGUGCUCUGAAAAAGGGAGCUGAGGUUUUGCGGAACUCACAAAACUCAAAUCACCCACUCCUGCCUCCUGGGGGGGGCGGGCAUUGGAAUCCUGGCACUGUCUUUGUAAAGCUCUUUUGCAACUGGAGACAUGGCAUCAUUAUAAGCUAUGAGUUGGAACUGCUGUGUUAGGCAUGUCUUGUGCCUGCACGUGGCUUGGACACUCCUCUGUGGCCCUGUCCAGGUGGAAAAGAGGGCGGGCAGAGCACGCGGAGCCCAGGAUUUCCCAGGUGCGGCAGAGCCAUCGUGUGUUGGUAAUAAUAAAACCAAAGAAACGUGUGCCUGUGUGGACGGGA